AUGGACGUUGCAGACACCAGCGUAGAUCUUUGGAUAAGAUGCCUAGGAAACGACUCUUUGCUUGUUUGUGACAUCAUGGGAGAAAGAUGGGCCUGGGUCCAGCAAUUCAAGAUCCAACCUAGCCGUCGUCCUACAGCCUCUACACUGCUGCACUGUGCAGGGGUCACCUUGUACAACCAUGUGUUUCUUGUGCUCCCAGCAUCAGUGGCCCAGUGGACAUGGAGGCCCCCUGUUGAUCUGCCAGAACAGGCUCCCUAGCUAAUUGCUGGGUUGAUAAGCAACCUCCUGCACUUCCAAUACUUCAUCUGGCACCUGCUCCACAGGAUCCACUGGCUGUAUGCAACUUUCCAUGCAAUCCAUCAUGAAUACUCAUCUCCCUUUGCUUUAGCCACUCAGUCUGGUGGCUGGGAGCUGGCCACAGUGGGCUUUUGGACCACUCUGAAUCCUGUGAUCCUGAGAAGCCACAUGCUCACUACUUGGGACUUCAUGGUUGUGCAUGUCUACGUUUCGAUUGAGGAUCACUGUGGCUAUGAUUUCCCUUAGUCCACAUCCCACCUUAUACCGUUCGGUAUUGUUGCACCUCACUUUAGUCACUGGGAUAGGAUAUUUGGUACGCAUGCUGAUUUCAGCUUCUCUACUGCUAUAAAGUAA